UGCGCGGUGCGCCGGUCGGCAGUCUGAGCUCACUCCAGGCCCGGAGGCUCCCUCGCCGGGAUGGAAGCGGCGCUUCCGCGGCGCCCUCCCUGCUGUUACCUGCUGGCCCUGGGAGAGGUGGGGUCUUGUCAGCAGCCUUUGCAGCCGCUGAGGCAGGUGGGGUCUACUUUAACGAAGUCUAGCCUCGCAGGCAGAGCUGGCAGCCGUUUUUGCUAGAUGGGGAAGACGCGUGUUGAAACCAGAGUCAAUGUGUGUCUACUUACACAUUUAAGGCCAGCGGCGAGUUGGCCCUCUGACAUUUUCGUGCCUGGGUGCUCUGGGACCUGCGUCCUUCUGUGCGCGGCCCCUCUCAUGGGGUAGCGGACCCAACAAGUCUGCCCCGUGUCUCCAGGGCGGCCCUGCCCAAUGUCCUGGAGACUCUAAUUCUAGAAAGAUGAUGCCUAACGAGGGAAGACAGAUUUACUAAGUACCUACUAGGUGCCCAGUCCUGCCCUGUGGCCCUUUACAGUCGAUUUCAUGAUUAUUAAAAAAAAAAAAAAAAAAACCUAGUCUGUGAGUGGGGCAGUUAAUGUGCUAGGCUGCUAACAUGGUGGCUGGAGGUUCAAGUCCACCCAGAGGUACCUUAGAAGAAAGUCCUGGCAAUCUACAUAGGAAAAGCCAGCCACUGAAAGCCUUGUAGAGCACCCUUCUACUCUGGCACUCAUGGGGUCGCCAUGAAUUGGAGUAGAUUCCAGGCUCCAUCGCAAUUGUUGCAUUUUUUUGGUUUCCAAAAACUCUAAGAGGUCAGUGUUGCCCUCCCCAUUUUAGAGAUGAGUAAAUACACCCAGAUAGAGUAAGUGUCCAAGGUUACACAGAAGGUAUUGAGCCAGAGUUUGAAGCUUAGAGCUGUUAGCUCUAAAUCCAGCGCUCUUCCCGCUGGCCCAUGGCUGUGGAAAGUGGUGUGCUGCUCUGAGGAUGGUGGCCUCAGUGUGUGCUGACUGGCCUCUGAGAGAAUUUGUCCACAAGGGUGUCAGAGGAUGCCUCUCUGACAAAGUACUAGAGCUGACCCAGGCCAGCCCGAAAACCCCUUGCCCACCUUGUCCUCCAGUCAUGGGCGAUGAAUGCUGUUGGCCAGGAUGUGAUAGGAGGGUUGACUGCUGGUGUUUAGGUACUAGUUUUGGGAGAUGCCUGUUUCCCACACUGACUUGGCCUAAACCCUGAGAGUUGGCUUCUGGGAUGGUCUAGGAAGAUUGUGUUAGCUGAAAUAACCUCCACCUUAGGACUAUGGUGUUUUUUGUAGGGUUGGGGGGUGUUGGGGUAUGCUGGUUAUGGUUGUAGGGUGAUUGAGAUCCAUGGUUUGAACAUACUUCUGUGAAAAUUGACAUGAUUAUUAUCCUGCUUCCUUCCAUCUUCAGGCUCAGGGCUUUGGCUUCCUGCUUAUCCCCCUCUUCCAAGAGAAAAAUUAUGACUAUCCUGAUGCCAACCAGUUACACUUUAGUUUAAACCAGUUUAACAACUAAGUCUGGUUUUGGCUGUGGCCAUUGGAGAUGCAUUCCCAGGAGCUGCAGGGAGCAGCUGAUUUCCUUAUUCCCUCUCUGGCCAUGAUUGGGGUGUCUCUCUAUUCUCCCUGCCACCAUGUCCACACCCCCACCUGGGUUUGCCUCCUAGCCAUGGCCUGUCUCCUUCACUUCCUAAUAUCAAAGGGUAAAGAGUCUGCCUUGAUGGAGAACUUGUGGGGCAGGGGGGAGAUAGGUGUAAGAAGAUUUUAUCUGAGCAUUACUAAUCUUAGAAGCCCUCCCAGGGCUAAGGGAUUUUUGUUUAAAGGGCCAGGGAAGAGAAUACCGUCCAUCAUGCUGAGGCUUUUCACUCUUUAUCUUAUUAGAUACUUACAUUAGCUCUCUGAAGAGGCAGGUGGGGUUAUCCCCAUUUUACAGAUGAAAAAACUGAGACUCAGAAAGCUUAAAACUUGCUCCAAUUACACAGCUAGUGAGUGACCCAGCUAGGAUCCUGGCCUCAGUCUGUGUGGGCAAAGUCCAUGUGCGGUGAAGCCAACAAUAUGGGAAGCAGGAAAACCUUGUGGCUGUCCUCUGUACUCUGGAAACUUGGCACGUGCAGCUCCCCUGCUGGACUUACUACCCCCCACCUUAUACUGAAUUAUUUCUCAGCAUGACUUCUCACCCUACUGUGAAAUGGCACUUAAAACAUUCAUAAACGCAGCAGUUUUUAUUUUUCCAGUUCCCAUAAAUCCUCCUUGCUCUUUGUUCUGUAUUCCUUUAGCCCUUUAUACCUAUGCCUGUCGGAAGCGACUCGACGGCAGUGGGUGGUCUCCAAUAGGGCAUCUACCAUGAGGUAUUACAGUCCUCUAUUUAAAAAAAGAAAAAAUAGUGUGAUGAGGCCCCAUAUGCUCAUUAUUUUGCUCCAAAAGCCACCAAGAUUAUGCCAUCUCACAAUGAUUAAAUUUCAUCUCUCUGUUUCUUCCCCCCUCUCUUCCCCAUCUCUCUUUUCUUUCCUUCCUUACCCCUUUACUCCCUUCCCCCUCCUUUCCUUUCUUUCUGAAGUAUUUUAAAGCAAAUGUCAUGUCAUUUAAAGCAAAAAUCAUGUCAUUUCGUCCCUAUAUAAUCCAGUGUACAUCUCUUUUAGAAGGACAGUGUUUUCAUAACCACAUUGCCGUUACUACCUCUAACAGAAUUCACAGUCCAUAUUCAGAUGCCCUUGUUAGUCUCAGAAAUGACCUUUACAGUUGGUUUGUUCCAAUCAGGAUCCAAACAACGUCUGCAUGUUACACUUUUUAUGUCUCUUUUAAUCUGGAGCAGCCUCCCUCACUCCCUUCCCUGCCUUUUAAGCCAGCCAUUACUCUCCAUCUUAAGUGUCCGUCUCCCCCACUUGACAGCGAGUCCCUUGAGACCGGAGCCCGCUUCUGUGCGAUGCUGGAUCCUGAAGCUGAGCACCUGUCUGGGACCUGGUGGAUGCUCAGUUAGCCUCUGUUGAAUUGUGUCGUAGCCACUCAGGAAAUGUGUUUCUAAUGAGCAAAUCCUGCCAUGGAUAUGUGACUGCUGCGCGUUCGUUUAGAUAAGAGGUUAAAAAAAAAAAAAAAAAAAAGACAACUUGCUCACAUGCUGAUGACGUUUCCUCAGCAAGCGUCAGUUUGUAAACAUCCUGCAAUAAUCCUCGAGCUAUUUGCUGCGCUCACCCUCACCACUCUGGUUCGUCGUGGGGAUCCCAGACAGCCCGUUUGUGCCCUGACUAGCAACUGGGCUCCCGGGAUCACAUGUGGGGCUGACAGAGAAUGAAGUCAUUUCUGUCGAAGCUUUGAUUUCUAAUUUAUUCAGCCACAGAAAUGACCACGGCACGACCCAGGCGUUGGCGUUCGUUCGGGCUCUGGGAGAACUCCAGGCACUGCUCUCCCUCCCUUCUCUUACCAGGCAGCGCUGGUUCCCCCAUAUCUUAAAGGAUGCAGGGCUUUCCCUAACCUGUGAGCUGUGGAGCUGUUCUCCAACCAUUAUUCAUCUGCAGCUGGGGUGGGUUGUGACCGAACAUGAACAUUUAUGACUUUUAAGUGUCUCAUCUGAAUUUGUUUUGAAGAGAUACUAUCGCUGCUGACACCUUUGUAGGUGUCCUAAUGAAGACCAGAGGCCCAGGAGAGAAGGAAAACCUGUGCUUGCUUUUCUUGAUAAGGCACUUAAUACCUGGAUUUCUUGUCGUCAAAUCCCUUUAAGAGCGGUGCUGGACACUCUGAUAGAUGUCUUUUACUCGCCCAUUAAAGAGCCCUAGCAACAGCCCCAAAAGGGUGAGGUUUUUUUUUUUUAACUUAGAUAGCCUUUCCACUAGGAGGAAAUCUAACAAAAAUUUAAUGGUGCUUAUCCCUGUGUGAAGGAGUCCUGGUGGUGCAGGGGUUAAGCACUCAGCUGCUAAUGGAAAGAUGGGUGAUCUGAACCCUCCAGCCUUUCUAUGGGAGAAAGACGUGGCAAUCUGCUUCCAUAAACCCCAUGGGGCAGUUCUACUCUGUCCUAUAGGGUCACCUUGAGUUGGAAUCGACUUAGUGGCAAUGAGUUUUUGGAUCCCUGGGUGACAGUGCUAGAGUCAAUUUUCUUCCUCCUUUUAUCUUUGAAUUUUUAGUAUUUUUCCAACAUUUGUAUAAUAAAAUAUUUAACAUUUAUAAUGUUAAAUUCAAGUAUUUGUUUUUUUUUUUCCUCUAAAAUAAAAAGGAGGACUUUCUUCAACUGAUUUGGAGUGACUAGACAAAACUACACAUGUGUUUGGUACAGCUAUUCAUGUGGAUAAGGCCACAAAACUACCAGGAUUUUUAUAUUUGGCUGGAUUAUUAUUUUCAUGUAUGCACCCCAUACCUCUAAAGCUUAGAAAAUAAGGAAGAAUGCUGGGGCUUGGGAGAGGGGAAGGUGUAAAACCCCUCACUCUCUUUCCUAUUCUACCUCCUCCCUUUCCUUAGGAGGAUCUCAUUUCGAUAUCCCCCAAAUGAAACCUAUCUAAUGUUAGACUCUUGUUUUGAUUGUCUUGUUAGAGGAGGUAAAGAUAUUCAAGGAUGCCCAAACGACACAUUGUGUUAAGACCAAGGCAGGUAAAUGCUGAGUAGCAAACUGCUACCCACCUGUCUUUGUGGUGCCCUGACCCCUCCCUCUACUAUUUUCUGUUGUCCUUCCUACAUCCUCCCAAAGGUAGAAAACAUGGCUGGUCGGGGCUGAUAAGUCUCCUCCUUUCUAAAGCACUGAUCAUCUGGUCUCAGAAAGUCUUUGCUGGCAGGAGUGAUAGGUGACGUGGGCCCUCUGGUCACAAACAAACCUUCAUUGCCGGGUUGCAUCAACUGUGGAGUGUGAUUUUGAGGUGCUUCCCUUCUCUGUUAGCUGCUGAUGAAGUGUCCAUUCCUGAGUUCCCAAACAAGAGGCUUUCGUGAUGAUCAGGAUCAUGGCAAUCUGUGCGUGGCUUGUUCUGGAAGGAGAUAACUAACUGUCAUGAUGCCUCGGAAUCAAGUGUGACAUUUCUUCAGGUGCUUCGUAGUGUUCUCCUCUGUUCUCUCCACACCACUGCUCCGCACAGCAAGGCUCCUGAGACAUGGCAGAAAAUGAAGACGAGAAGCAGACCCAGGCUGGGCAGAUUUUUCAGAACUUUGUCCAGGCUCCCACGUGCAAAGGCACCCUCCAGGCCUUCAACAUCCUCACACGGCACCUGGACCUAGAUCCUCUGGACCACAGGAACUUCUAUUCCAAACUCAAGUCCAAGGUGACCACCUGGAAGGCCAAAGCCCUAUGGCACAAAUUGGACAAGCGUGGAUCCCACAAAGAAUAUAAACGAGGGAAGUCAUGUAUGAACACCAAGUGUCUCAUCAUUGGAGGAGGACCAUGUGGCUUGCGCACUGCCAUUGAACUUGCCUACCUGGGGGCCAAAGUGGUCGUGGUGGAGAAGAGAGAUACCUUCUCCCGCAAUAAUGUGCUGCACCUCUGGCCUUUCACCAUCCAUGACCUGCGGGGCCUGGGAGCCAAGAAGUUCUACGGGAAGUUCUGUGCCGGCUCCAUCGACCACAUCAGUAUUCGUCAGCUGCAGCUCAUCCUGUUCAAGGUGGCCCUGAUGCUGGGAGUUGAAAUUCAUGUGAAUGUGGAGUUUGUGAAGGUUCUAGAACCUCCUGAAGAUCAAGAAAAUCAAAAAAUUGGCUGGCGUGCAGAAUUUCUCCCUGCAGACCACUCUCUGUCGGAGUUUGAAUUUGACGUCAUCAUUGGCGCUGAUGGCCGCAGGAACACCCUGGAAGGGUUCAGAAGAAAAGAAUUCCGUGGGAAGCUAGCUAUUGCAAUCACCGCCAACUUCAUAAACAGAAACAGCACAGCUGAGGCCAAGGUGGAAGAGAUUAGCGGUGUGGCUUUCAUCUUCAAUCAGAAAUUCUUUCAGGACCUCAAAGAAGAAACAGGGAUUGAUCUUGAGAACAUUGUUUACUACAAAGACUGCACCCACUAUUUUGUCAUGACAGCCAAGAAGCAGAGCCUGCUUGACAAAGGCGUCAUCAUUAAUGACUACAUCGACACUGAGAUGCUGCUGUGUGCAGAGAACGUGAACCAGGACAACCUGCUCUCCUACGCCCGAGAAGCCGCAGACUUUGCCACCAAUUACCAACUGCCGUCUUUAGAUUUUGCCAUGAACCAUUACGGGCAGCCUGAUGUGGCCAUGUUUGACUUCACUUCCAUGUACGCCUCAGAGAAUGCGGCCCUCAUGCGAGAGCGGCAAUCACACCAGCUGCUUGUGGCCCUCGUGGGUGACAGCUUGCUCGAGCCCUUUUGGCCCAUGGGUACAGGCUGUGCCCGCGGCUUCCUGGCAGCCUUUGACACAGCAUGGAUGGUGAAGAGCUGGGACCAGGGAACUCCUCCUCUGGAGCUGCUGGCUGAAAGAGAGAGUCUUUACCGGCUGUUACCUCAAACAACCCCAGAGAACAUCAACAAGAACUUUGAACAGUACACAUUGGACCCAGGGACACGAUACCCAAACCUCAACUCAAACUGUGUCAGGCCUCAUCAGGUAAAGCACUUGUACAUCACUACGGAGCUGCACUGCUACCCUCUUGAGAGGGUGGGCUCAGUGAGAAGAUCCAUUGGCCUCUCCAGGCGGGAGUCAGACAUCCGGCCCAGCAAGCUCUUAACCUGGUGCCAGCAGCAGACCAAGGGCUACCAGCACGUCAACGUCACCAACCUGACCACAUCCUGGCGCAGUGGGCUGGCUCUGUGUGCCAUCAUCCACCGCUUCCGGCCCGAGCUUAUCAACUUUGACUCUUUGAAUGAAGAUGAUGCAGUGAAGAACAACCAGCUGGCAUUUGAUGUGGCGGAGCGUGAGUUUGGGAUCCCACCAGUGACCACUAGCAAAGAGAUGGCAUCAGCUCAGGAGCCUGACAAGCUCAGCAUAGUCAUGUACCUCUCCAAGUUCUACGAGCUCUUCCGGGGCACCCCGCUGAGAACUGUGGAUUCUUGGGGCAAAUACUGUGAAGAAAACACAGACCUCGGCUUGGCCAAAUCAUCUAUUUCUAAUAAUUAUCUCAACCUCACAUUGCCAAGGAAGAGGACUCCACGAGUGGAUGGCCAAACGGAAGAGAACGACAUGAACAAACGAAGGCGGAAAGGCUUCAACAACCUGGAUGAGCCUUCAGACUUCUCCAGCCGAAGCAUGGGCUCUAAUCAAGAGUGUGGCAGCUUUAAAGAAGGUGGUAAUCAGAACAAAGUCAAGUCCAUUGCAAAUCAGCUCCUGGCUAAGUUUGAGGAGAGCACUAUGAACCCUUCACUCCAGAAGCAGGAAGGCCGUGUCUCAGGGAUAGGUAAGCCCGUCCUGUGCUCUUCCUCUGCCUCUCCUGUUAACCCUCGCUGCCCCAAGCCGAAGGACCCCACACCCAGCCCAUCACCUCCUCUGAAGAGGCAGCUCCCAUCAGUGGCUGUGCCUGGGCAUGUGCGCAGAGAGCUAAAGCAAGUGUCUGCUGGUGGCGAGUCCUCAAGCAGACUUUGGAGAGCCAGGGCCAAGUCAGACCUGCAGCUGGGUGGGCCUGAAAGUCCUGCUGCCUGGCCUACUACCUGCCAGGGAGCGCUGGCCCUCUCCGGGGUGCUGCGGCGCCUGCAAGAAGUGGAGGAGAAGAUUGUCCAGAAGAGGGCUCAGAACUUGGCCAACAGCGAAUUUCACCAAAAGAACAUUAAGGAGAAGGCAGCUCACCUUGCCUCCAUGUUUGGACACGGGGACUUUCCACAGAAUAAACUCUCUAAAGGCCUGUCUCAUCCUCAUCCUCCGUCUUCUCCUCCCUCUUGCCUUCCAUCUCCUGAUCCAGCUGCUACUUCCUCUCCAUCAACUAUUGACUCUGCUUCUCCAGCCAGAAAGGUAAAGAAGCCACCUUCAGGUUUUCAUUCCUGUCCCAGCCACUUAAGAACAGUGCAAACUCAGAUGACGGUUGGGAAAGUGUCCAGUGGAAUAGGGGCUGCAGCUGAAGUCCUGGUCAAUCUGUAUAUGAAUGAUCACAGACCUAAGACCCAGGCCAUCUCUCCAGACCUGGAUAGUAUGCGAAAGGUGUGCCCCCUGAACCUGGGUGGCAGCGACACCUGUUACUUCUGUAAGAAGCGUGUGUAUGUGAUGGAGCGACUGAGCGCAGAGGGCCACUUUUUCCACCGCGAGUGUUUCCGCUGCAGCAUCUGUGCCACCACUUUGCGUCUGGCCGCCUACGCCUUCGACUGUGAUGAAGGCAAAUUUUACUGCAAACCUCAUUUCAUUCACUGUAAAACCAAUAAUAAACAACGGAAGAGACGGGCAGAGUUGAAGCAGCAAAGAGAGGAGGAGGAGACGUGGAAAGAGCCGGAAGCCACUCAUCGAGAUACUCCCACUGAAAGUUCUUGCGCAGCCGUAGCCAUUGGCACCCCCGAAGGCAGCCCCCCAGAUGAGCCAACCUCCCCCAAGAAGCCGAAGAGUGUCCCUGAGCCAGAGCCCGGUGAUGUGGAAUGUGGAGCCACCUCUCCGCUGUCCUCUGAGUGGACCUCAGUGAGGAUCAGCCCCGGGAAGGACACAGUUGGGCAGGAUGUGCUGGCUGUGCGUGUCCUGGUCACCAGCGACGACAGCAGCUCUGAAACAGAGUUUGAGUGUGGCGUUGAGGACUCCCAUGCAGAGCCCUGUGAGGAAAGACCCCAGGAGUUGGAACCCCCACCCCUACCAAAGCCCCUCACCCGGCACAUCUCCCUGCAUAAGACCCUGACUGGGGCAGUCCCUCCACAGUGCCCUGAGGAGCCCAAAGCUGUGCAUGCUCUGCAACGGGCCAAUAGCUUCCAGUCUACAACUCCAAGCAAAUACACGAACUGGAGAAGAAAAUUCCAGUCAAGUUUGACUCCAGUGAGCAACAAAAGAACUGUCUUGCCUCCGAUGGAAACUUCUUCUCUAUCUCCCUCUCCAUUGUCUUCAUCUUCCUCACCAUCUUCUUCUUCAGCCAGCAAUGCAGGCGGCACUUCCAAUGGUUCCUUCUCAGCUCAGGUGACAGCUUACAACCACCCCUCACAAGUCUCAAGAGGUCAUUUCAGUCCCUCUAGCCCAAUCUUUCUGGGGCAAACCAGAGACCAAGGAGCACCGAAGGAAAUUCCCUUGUACCUGCCUCAUCACGAAGUCCUAGAGCGGGCAGAAUACUGCCUGGUGAGUCCUAGUGAAGAUGGCCUCACAAGCCCCAGGCCACACAGCCCUGGAAAGGGGGGUUCUUAUGAGAGUCAAGACGUGGCGGCCUCUCCUAGGGAUACUAGAAGCAUCCACCAGGGUCCACACCCUUUUGGAGGGAAGGACAGCUGUUUGAUGGACCAACAUCUAUCUCUCAAGGCUGGAGAGGACACAAGAGAAAGGAAUACUGGAUCCAGGGAAGGAGCGGGAAGGUCAGAGAUGACAGAGGAGAAGCACUCAGGCUUAAAGAAGUUAGUCCUCACUCAGGAGCAGAAGACCAAAUUGCUGGAUUGGAAUGAUGCCACUUCAGCAGGUUUGCAGCUUGAAGUUGGGGAGCGACUUGCCCAGAAAAGUUCUGGGAAUGGUAGAGGAAAUCGUGUCCUGAAACCAGUCCGUCCCUUGACACUUCCUCAGACAACUAGAGAGACACUGUCAUCACACAAAGACACUCAGGAGAAGGUGGGGACCCUGGUUGAACAGGCUUCAGGAGAUCGAAGUGUGGCUCCACCCAAGUCCCCCCUACGGCUUAUAGCAAAUGCAAUCCGAAGGUCCCUGGAGCCCUUCCUGCCCAAUUCUGAAAGUGGGAAGAAGAAGCCCAAAUCAAAGACUUUGCCCACCAGCCAGCCACACACUUUUACUCGCUCAUUCAGCCUGCGGAAAACCAAUUACAAUAAUGACUGGAACCAGCAGUCCCCAAGGAGAGACAUGGCAAGGAGGGCCUCCUCCUUCUUCUCACUGGGAACUCCUGCUGCCAAGGCUUCCCAGCCCUCAGACCCUAGCCCUCCUCACCCUGCCCCCUGUACCCAUAGUUUGCCCAUCCAUUCAUCCAAGAUCUUUCCUGAGCUUGUGUCCCCACCCUGCAGCAAGAUAGAAGAUGUCCCCACACUCCUGGAGAAAGUGAGUUUGCAGGAGACCUUGCCAGAUGCUUCUAGGGUACCAAACAGAAGACCCUCACUCUUUUCCUCCCUGAGACUCAAAGACAAAUCUUCUGAAAGUUUUCCUCACGAUUCCAGACAAAGAACAGACCUCAAGGACCUCUUUAGCAGUGGCAAGGGAAAGGUACUGCCUGUGGGCAAUGCCCACUCCCUGGAGAAGCUGGUGCAGCCUCUCAGUACCACAUCCCUGGGGCAGGUGGGCCAUCCUUCUCCUGCAGGAAACUCAAGGCCCCAGCACAUCCCCAAUCAAGCACAGGUGACAGAGACUGCCUCCUCCCUCUCUUCCUCCACCUCCUCUGCAGAUGAAGAAUUUGAUCCCCAGCCUUCCUUGCGGUCAAAGGAGAGGAAGACACUUAGAAGACAAAAGAAACUGGAAAAAGCAACAAAGCAACUAAUUAAGCAAGAAGAAUUGAAAAGACUUCAUAAAGCUCAGGCCAUCCAGAGGCAGCUGGAGGAGGUGGAAGAGCGGCAGAGGGCAUUCGAGAUCCAGGGCGUGAGGCUGGAGAAAGCACUGAGAGGAGAAGCAGAUUCAGGCACACAGGAUGAAGCACAGCUUUUGCAGGAAUGGUUAAAGCUGGCCCUGGAGAAGAAUAAAUUAAUGCGAUAUGAGUCGGAGCUACUGAUCAUGGCCCACGAACUAGAAUUAGAAGAUCACCAAAGCAGACUGGAGCAGAAAUUAAGAGAGAAAAUGCUCAAGGAGGAGAGCCAGAAAGAUGAGAAUGAUCUAAACGAGGAGCAGGAAAUAUUCAUCGAGAUGAUGCAAGUGAUUGAGCAAAGGGACAGACUUGUAGAUUCCUUAGAGGAAGAACGCAUCAAAGAAAAAGCUGAAGACCAGCACUUUGAAAGCUUCAUAUUCUCCAGGGACUGCCAGCUGAGCCGGACGUGAGCACACCCAAGACCCUUUCCCCUCUCAGCACGCUGAGGUCUGGCGGGUCAGGCCACGCAUACCUCACACUCUCAUAGUGCCUUCUGCGGAAUUUAGCAUACCUAGAACUUAAAUUAAAAUGCUCUUAUAUGUACUACGGCAGCCCAAGAUCCUUCCAGAGAUUUUAAUGAAGAAAAUACAAGGACUCUUUUGAUAUUGGCAAGCAAGUCACCAGGCCUCUCAAAUUGAAAGUGUCCUUGGCAGCAGACCAGCAUUGUUUUCCCUAGAAAGUGACACAGAGACUUGACUGUCCUGCUGCUUGUAUAAUUUUUUGCCCAAUUCAUUAAGUUACACAUCUUAAGAUUUUCCAAAAGCUGCUUUUUACAUAAAUAUAUCCAUAUUUGCCUUUUUUGCAUGGAUGACCGGUUUCCAAAUGUCAGCAAGAAGGAGCAGCGAUUUAAAGAUUAGGUUGAUAUUUAAAUUGUGUUUCCAGAGAAAGAGAAGAAAUCUUGAGAUUACUGAUUACGUAAAGCAAAUGCAGGUGUUAAUUCAAUCCAGGGUAUUCAAUUCAUGAAUUUAAUUUACCAGGCGUACUUACAAGCCUUAAUAUAAUAUAUAUAAGCAAUGAGAGUUUGAGAGAACAUUUGAGCCUUAAUUUUACUUUUAAAAAAGAAAGGAAGAAGAAGAGAAAAGGCAAAAAAAAGAAAGAAACUUUCAAAUGCUGUUGUUAACUUAGAAAUGCUUUUUGUUCCCAUAAGCAUUCUGCUUAUGGCUUCUGGAACAGAAUGAAAAGUAUUUUUAGAAAUAGCACAGUUUUGAAGUGCUUUUCUGUAACUGUUGGUGCUGCUACUAAAAACAAACACACUAGUGGUAGGAGGCAAGGACUGCUGCUUAGGUGUUGUCUUCUAAGGCCCCAACGGAGGGGAAGUACCGGAUAUUCUCUCCAGGGAUCGCUCAGGAACUGCAGGGAACAAAGGCAAAACCAUUUCUGACUUCAAGGUGGAGCUGAGUGCAGUGACCCCAUUGACCAAAUCCCAAAUUAAGUCCUGUUUUUUUUUAAUUUUUUAUUUUCAAUGACAUUUUUAAUGUGAAAAGAAAGCAGGGAAAUGGAGUUUGUGCACUGACAUGUCAGACUUCCUGGGAUGUUUUGAUGGUUCUAUCUGAAGACCGAAGAAGACAAGAUUUAAAGUGGUGACCUGCUGUCAUAAAAUAUUUGUGUUCCCCCAAAUGGGAUUAUUUGAAGAUUCAAUCUGUUGUUGUCAAGAGACUAAAGAGCUUGUGUAUUUGACCGCUGUCAUUUCUGCAAGUGUUUAAAUGUGUCGUUAGACAAAAGGUGCUUUGUAAUGGUUGGCUCUGACUUGAGACCCAACUUUCCUCAGAGUGAGUUUACCCAUGAACCACUUCUGUCUGAGAUGCUGUCUAUACACACCAACAAGCUGGGAAUCAGAAGUGUAACUGGUUUUCCCCUGUCAGCCAUGGUCUACGUGGUAUUUAAACAUAAACUUCUCGGGGUUUACCAAGUUCUGAAGGUUGUAGUUCUUUUCCCUUCCUUCCUUCUUUCUUCUCUCUCUCUCUUUUUUUUAGUUCCUUUCUUUUUUUAAGAAUCAGGUCUCUUAGUGCCUGAUUCUUCUUCUUAUUAGGGAAUAUAUAUACCUGUGCCAUUUCUGGCUAUUUAUCUAUUUUUAUUUAUUUGUAUGUUUGAUGGAAAUUGCUAUUAUGAUUUCCUCAUAAUUGUGGUUUUCCUGUGUUAGAAUUUGGAGAAGACGUAUCAGCACUGAGAUAUUGGUAUAUAAGCUAUUUAAUAUACAGAAACCCCAGAUGUGUGGGAAGUGAAUUGUAUAGUAUUAAAGAUUUAUAAAAAUAGUCAAAAUAACAUUUUCAACCAUGAGGCAUUUAGGGAAAGGUUUUGGAGGCACAGGAAUGUUAACCCACUUUAAGAAAGAGAUAUAGCUUCAGUUUUCUUUCUAGAAUAUUCAGAAUUAUUCAAGCCCAGUCUUUUCCGUCAGUUAUAUAAAAGUGUACCAUUGGAUGCUGCAUACAUUUGAUGCUCAAAUGCACGGUGUCUGGGUUGUUAUUGCACAAAAGAAUUAAUUGCCACUUAUUUUAAUUUGUUCUGCUUCCACCUAAAAGGAAGAUUCUCCCUAGAGGGCCAAGAAAGAAGGUGGUUCUUGGCCCUAGUAGUCUGUUAAUAGAUGAGAGCAGCAGUGUGCUCACUUGCUCUUCUAAAGACUGCUCUGUGGUUUAAGGCUCAGUCUUAUCUGGCCAGAGUAAAACACAAACCUCAUACUGACAGUCUUCUGUUUAUACUACUUUCUGUUUUACCAGUGCGUGGAAACCAUUUCAGUGAUCAUUUCCCAAAGGAAACAAGUAUCGUGGCUGUUGAGCUAUUUAAAAUGAUUCCACUCCUUAUUCACAAUAGAAAAUGUUCUAAGACCCUCAAAAUGUAAACUACUGCAAUAUUUUGAAGACAGUCUCUUUGAUACAUUUUGAGUUGGAGUAUGAUGAAAAGGGACUGCCCCCUAAAAGAAUGUGGAUGUGAUCGUGGCUGAAGACCUCAGGACUCUGAAUGGGACUUAUAGAGCCCCAGCAUCAGGUUGUAUUUCAUAGCCCUUCUCAUACAGCUUCUGAAUUAAAUCAAAGGGCUUAGAAUAGUUGUAAGUUCAGAAUUUUAUGCAAGUUGAACCCAGAGAACAGUUCUUAAGCUUGCUCUCCCAAACCAUUCCUUCACUGAUUUUUUGUUCCGCAGAUGUUCUCUGAAUGUCCAUAUGGUUCUGUGGCAAUGUGCUUGGUGUUGGGAUAUAGAAAGAAUAUUAACCCUCUACUCCACUUUCCUAAAUAAGUACAAAGAUAAAGCACAACUUGUAUUAUAAGCGUCAACCCACGCUACAUUUUUCUCAAGCAUGAAGACGUAUAUCCCUAACAAUUGUAGUGCUCCGUUGACAAUAAAGAGCAGUUCGUGUUUCUAAAACUGUGAAAAAUAA